AUGACAGAACCAGACACACAAAAUGGCUAUCUCGAUGUUGGGGGUAGCUUCCUUAAAGAGCUACCAAAUUCAAUUGAAAGAUAUCCAUACGAAGGAGAGUGUUCCUUCCUCAGGAUCUUCGAUCUAAAACUUAAUUCCCGCAAAUCCUCACAUGAGAAAAACGAUUUCAUCCUGUUUCAUACGAGUCGUGAAAUGAUCGAAACCCUGUUGAAUCCGGACAACGAAUCAAGCGAAUCAACUACCCUUGCAAAGAACUGUUCCUCUUUUGAUCUCGACGAGGAACUUAUCCUGAUCAAGAUACCAUCCCACGAACACUCGUCCGCAAUCGGUGCCGUGGACGACGCUAUCACGGGAGCUAUCCAACCAAUGGGGCUAUUUAAGUCCCUGACCAAAUACCCUGGCGCGACUAUCCAAGGGCAAACAAGAGGAAAGCAACCUGACCAAGGCUGGGGCACAAGAAGACCCCCGCCUGGUUGCGAACGUACACCCUCGGUUGUGUUAGAGGUCGCUUGGUCUGAAUCAGAUUCAAAAUUGAAUUCUGAUGUUCGAUUCUGGCUGGCUCCAGCCGACGGAAAUGUCAGGACUUGUCUAACUUUGAGAGUCGACAAAUGCGAACCAGCAAUCCGUAUUGAGAACUGGAGACGCCAGAAGGGAAGACCCCACCGCGUCCAGAUGAUUGAGGUGACCAAGGUGUCAAACCACAUAACUGUCACGAACGACCCGCUUAUUAUCCCAUUCGAAGAUUUGUUCCUCCGCGGGCCAUCUAUACCCGCCGAAAGAGACAUUGAAAUCUCGCAGCAAGAUCUGGAAGUCAUUGCAGAGACAAUCUGGGAUAUUCAGGGUUUCUAA